CCAUGAUAGACUUCUAAUACUCGAUAGAAUAGUCUUGAUGCUCAAUAAACAUAGAUUGAUACUCAAUAAACAGUAACUAUUACCCUUUCUUCUUCUCCAUCUUUCCUUUCCGGCAACCCUAAAUCGAUCGAUCAAAUCAAUAAAAACAAAUUACAGAAGGGGGGACAAAAUGAUUCACCUUGAAGCAAUACCAAUACACUCUUCCUCCUUGACUCUCACCCGCCGACCUGUUCUUCUUCCCGGACUCAAGAGGAAGAGGCACCCCCACAUCCUCUCCUUCUGCAAGAAGUCCACCGAUUCAGUUCCUGAAGGAGAUAGUCGUCAGCAGGAACUGCAUGCCAGAAUUGUAAUGCUUCAGACCCAGAAAGUCCGCCUCACUGAGUUCUUGGACGAGAGAGCAGCCUACCUUACCCAAUUUGCUGAGGAAGCUAAUGCUGGGAUUGAUCAGAUUGGAGAAAAUGCACUGAAAGUGCUCGAUCAAGCCAGUGCAAGGAUUAUGGAGAAUAUCGAGAACCAGAUGCAAGAUUUUGAAGAAUCUGAAGGGGUUGACAGGCAGGAGAUUGAAGAGAAUGAGAGCAGUUAGCAGGGUUUGAAGAUCAAAUAGAGAGGGAA